UAGAACUUGAUGGCAAUAGAUUACUUUUCCCAGGGCUCGGUGUUCGCGGUGCAGCAUUAAGCGAUAAGCCGAAUAAGCUCAGUUUCGAGCAAAAUAUGGAUUAAAACGACCAGUUUCUCGCUGCCAACAACGUUUUCCAGCGACAUUCGUACGGAUUAAAACGAUUUUUCGUUGGAUGGUUUUUAGUGUGCAGUUCCAUUAUGCUGCGUACCCCCGAGUGCUGUGCAUGAUAAUGAGUUGAAGCAGAGUGUUGUUCCUUACGGGCCUAAUGAGUGUUUUGCAUAGUGUUAAGCAAGCGCAAGUGCUUUGGUGAAGCAUGAUUUAAUUUGUAGUGGUGUGUUUAGAGAAAGAUCAGCAGUUUCAAGUUUGCAAAGUUAACCGCCAAUAUGAUAGACAUAAGUAUGUACGGAAAUCAUUCAUCGCACACCAGUGGUUUUCAGAACAGUGAUCUUGGGGCCGGAGGGUACCCCUACUUUACAGCGGGCCACCACCACCAUCACCAUUAUCACCAGCACCAAAGGCAACCUGUCCAGUCGCAUCAGCAUGCCAACUCUGCGAACGUUGGCAACAGUGCUACAGCUGUGAAUAAUGUUACCACUAACACCGCAGUGACCUCUAACAAUAGCAGCAACAGCAGCAGCAGCGGCAGCAACAACAACAACAACACUUCCAAUCCGCCCACGGCCAAUGUCCAUCAGACCUCUUCCUAUGCGCACACAUCUCAUCUAUACAGUCCGUCCGCGAUCGAAUACGGCAUCACUACCUCUAGCUCUCCGACAACGGAUUUAUACUUCGAAGGUGAUAGUCAGGGUGCGAUCUACUACGGGCCCGGGCAGCCCACACCGACGGCACCAUUCCAGGAAACACGGAUCAUUAGCGCCGAUAAUGGGCUGAGCUACACCAAUCUGGAUUAUGCGAUGUACCACCAGGCGCAGGAUUGUGCCGAUCCCAGCUAUCUGGCGCAUCAUCACGACUCCAAGCUGCAUCUGCAUCGGUACGGAGCCUUUGCUGGAGCUAUAGCGGACGAUGCAGCGAUCACCGGUGAUCAUAAUCACCACAAUCACCUGCACCAACAUUCGCAUCUUUCGCACCCGCACAACCCUACCUCCCCUGGUGGAGUGAACGGGGGAGCUACGGGCUGGGGCCAAGUAUACUCCGAUUCGAUUGCUCAGCCGCCGCAACACCAGCAUCUCCAGCAGUCCCAUAACCAGCACUCGGUAGCACAGUGCAGUCCUAGCGUCGCUACAACCGCAUCCAUGAUUGAGUCGCCGCAAGUACUGCUGAACGCGAGUGCAUCCGACGAUGGGGACAGUAGCGGUGGUGUCGGUACUAAUUUUUCGCACCUCCAGCACCAGCACCACCACCACCAUCCUCAUCAUCCACAUCAUCAUCAUCAUCACCAUCACGCGACAGUAUUGCAGCAGACCAUACAGCAGCAGCAGCAGCAGCAGCAACAGCAGCAACAACAGCAGCAACAACAGCAUCCGGCGAAUCAGCAAUCGCAACAGCAUCAGCAGCUGCAACAGCAACAACACGCUCACCAGCAACAAAACCAACCGAAUGCGCCCACUUACAAGUGGAUGCAGGUUAAACGAAACGUGCCAAAGCCUCCAAUGACCAAGCCUGUACAAUUAGCAACUUCUCCGGAAUAUCACAUUCCUGCCCAUGUGCUCGAUCCACUACGAGUUCCUAAUCACACGACCGUUGCUCCCAGCACAGUUUCACCACACCAGACCAGCUUUCUGAUGAACAACAACAGUACGGGCCGUACGAACUUCACCAACAAGCAGUUGACGGAGCUGGAAAAAGAAUUUCACUUCAACAAAUAUCUGACGCGGGCGAGGCGAAUAGAAAUCGCCAAUUCUUUACAUCUGAACGAAACGCAGGUAAAAAUCUGGUUUCAAAACAGGCGCAUGAAGCAAAAAAAGCGCGUCAAGGAAGGCUUAGUGCCGCCGGAAGUGCAGAGCCAAUCGCCCAAACACUCCUCUUCCAUGAUCAACACCAACGAUUCCUCAUCAGCCAGCUCGACGACAGCAUCGAACGCGGCGGCAGCAACUGCUUCCGGCACCUCGAACACUUCUACCUUAAAUGAAAGCAAUGAAAACAGUCGCGAAUCAACUACCAUCUAGACUCAACACCAACGCAAUACCGGAACAUAUAAACAGCCUCUCUUUCUUUUCUCUAUCUGGUGCAUACCGAUUCUAUUCACGUGCACGGUGAACAAACACUGUCAAUUUGGAAUACUAUUAUUCACGACAUCAAUUUCACACCAAACUUCGUUCAGCUGUCUUGAAUCCGUUCCUAUUACCACUACCGCAGCAGUAUGAAUCAUUAUAGGGUGUGAACCACGAAGCGUAUUUAACUUAUUUUUUCUCUAUACAAUCUACUAUUCUUCUACCAUUCGCGUUCUAGGAAGCACAUCAACUACGAGGUAUUGUGAACAUGCUUAGGGUACAAUAUAAUUGCAUUGUUUUGUUCCAGAUACCGUAUGCUAGUCUUUUGAAACGUAAGAUUCUUAAGUAACUAAAACGUUUACUCGUUUGCUCGAUUUAUCUCGUGCCCUUCCCUGCGCCGGUGCGGGGAGAAGGCAACGAGAUUUAUACACAACACAAGGACAACAAAUGAAAAAAGAAUAGCUCAAUCGAUUCCAAUGUUCCUCUUUGCUAGAUAUUAAACGAACCAAAUGUUUCCUAUUUGAUAAUAGACUUAGUAGAAAGCGAACCCAUGCACAUGCAUCUGUAACCAUCGAAAAGUAGUAAGCUAGCAUUAAAUACUACCGAUACGUUUUUAUCCUAUAAAUGCUAUUUCCAAAGCUAUACAGAUGCAUUUCGAGAACGAAAAUGGGACACUUUCACAAUGUUUCAUUUGGGCAGCAGUGUGUGUAGCAGUGAUGCAUUUGUUAAGUGUACAAACGGUAUGAUUAUAAAUUUAUGAAACUGUUCUUAUUCAGUUUUUGCACUGGUUACACAUGGAUAAUGUUAAACAUACGAAAACACAGUUAUGUGAAAUCAUUACACGACCGCUAGGUUAAGAAAAUUCCUAUCGAAUACAAAGAUACAUUUAAGAUAUUCAAACCCCCCUUGGAAAAUAAAAUAUAUUUUAGUAAAAUUCAAA